GGCAGAAGUGGCCCAGGCAGGCGUGUGACCCCACUGCUGGGAAGGGGCUAUGCCCCAACGCCACAAGCUUUCCUACCCAUCUGCUCCCCAGAGUGCCUUCUGCUCUGCACCUGGGUCCUGGAGCCCUUCUCCACCCGGAUAGAUUCCAGACCCUCUUUCUCAGCCCACCUGUGCCGUGCCCCACCCCACUCUGUGUGCCCCACCCCACUCUGCCCAGAAGUGCAAGAGCCCAAGCCGCCUCCAUGGCCCCAGGAAGGAUUCAGGGGAGAGGCCCCACACAGGGAGCCACUCCACCCAGACAGCCUGGCCAGAAUGGAGCUGACUGAACUGCUCCUCGUGGUCAUGCUUCUCCUAACCGCACGGCUGACUCGGUCUAGCCCGGCUCCUCCUGCCUGUGACCCCCGACUGCUAAAUAAACUGCUACGUGACUCUCAUGUCCUUCACGGCAGACUGAGCCAGUGCCCAGACAUUAACCCUUUGUCCACACCUGUCCUGCUGCCUGCUGUGGACUUUAGCUUGGGAGAAUGGAAAACCCAGACGGAGCAGACCAAGGCACAGGACGUUCUGGGGGCGACGACCCUCCUGCUGGAGGGAGUGAUGGCAGCACGGGGACAGCUGGGACCCACUUGCCUCUCAUUCUUACUGGGGCAGCUUUCUGGACAAGUUCGCCUCCUCCUUGGGGCCCUGCAGGGCCUCCUUGGAACCCAGCUUCCUCCACAGGGCAGGACCACAGCUCACAAAGAUCCCCAUGCCAUCUUCCUGAGCUUCCAGCAGCUGCUCCGAGGAAAGGUGCGCUUCCUGCUGCAUGUGGUAGGGCCCACCCUCUGUGCCAAGCGGGCCCUACCCACCACAGCGCUCCCACACAGUACCUCUCUACUCCUCACACUGAACAAGCUUCCAAACAGGACUUCUGGAUUGUUGGAGACAAACUCCAGUGUCCCGGCCAAAACUACUGGCUCUGGACUUCUGAAGAGGCUGCAGGGAUUCAGAGCCAAGAGGCCUGGUCUGCUGAACCAAACCUCCGGGUUCCUAGACCAAAUCCCCGGACAACUGAACAGGACACACGGACCUUUGAAUGGAACUCAUGGACUCUUUCCUGGACCCUCACCCAGGGCCCUCGGAGCCCUGAAUAUUCCUCCAGGAACUUCGGACAUGGGUUCCCUGCCACCCAACCUCCAGCCUGGAUAUUCUUCUUCCCUAACCCUUCCUCCCAUUGGACAACAUACACUCUUCUCCCCUUUACCCACCGUGCCCACCCCCACGGUCCAGCUCCAACUCCCGCUUCCUGACCCCUCUGCUGCCAUGCCCAACCCUACCAGUCCUCUUCUGCCUGCGGCCCACCCUCACUUCCAGAACCUGUCUCAGGAAGAGUAAGGUACUCAGGCACUGCCAACGCCAGCAGUGUCUCCCGUGUGUAAUCCUCUUACCCAGAGGAGAGGCCUGGGAGACAACUGCAACUCCACCAGAUUCCCUGCUGUCACCUGGAACCCAAAGCCCUGGUAAAGGCAGAUACAUAGGACAGAAAGGGGGUUGUUUUUCACUGUUUAAAACACCAGAAGCUUUUUUAAAAAAUGUUUUUAUUGAUUUCAGAGAAAGAAAGGGGGAGGGAGAGA